AUGGACAAGGAGUUGCCAGAUGGGCUGCUCUUCAAAGACCACGACUUCUCCUCUGACUUAUUGAGGCAGCUCAAUGGCUUGAGGCAAAACAGAAUGCUGACUGAUGUGAGCCUUUGUACCGGGACCUGCGAGGUCCCCUGCCACCGAAGUGUGCUGGCCUCCAGCAGCCCCUACUUCCGGGCCAUGUUCUGCAGCAACUUCCGGGAGAGAAGCGAGGCAAAAGUCCAGCUGAAAGGCAUCGACUCUGCAACUCUGGAGCAGAUCAUCUCGUAUGUGUACACUGGGGAGGUGCACAUCACGGCUGAGAAUGCCCUGCCUUUGAUGGAGGCAGCCUCCAUGCUGCAGUACCCCAAGCUGCUGGAGGCCUGCUCCUCCUACCUCCAGAGCCAGCUGACCCCCAACAACUGCCUGGGCAUGAUGCGACUCUCUGAAAUCUUAAGUUGUGAGACCCUCAAGAAGAAAGCCAGGGAGGUGGCCCUGACGUGCUUCACAGAGGUGGCUGCCUCAGCCGACCUGAAGGAGCUCUGUGCCUUGGAAUUGAGAGACUACCUGGGGGAUGAUGGGCUCUGUGGGGAGGAGGAGAAGGUGUUCGAGGCCCUCAUGGUUUGGAUCAAGCAUGACCUCCAGGCCCGGAAACGACACUUGCAGGAGCUGUUCAAGCAGGUCAGGCUUCAGUACAUCCACCCGGCCUUCUUCCACCACUUCAUUGCCAAUGAUGCUCUCCUGCAGUCCUCACCCUCGUGCCAGACCAUCCUGGAGACGGCCAAGAGGCAGAUGUUUGCCACAUACAGCACCACCAGUGCCCCAGACCUCCAUCCUCCAUGGCAUGUCCCCCCAAGAACCUCUUACCAAGAUUUCCUCAUCCUCUUGGGUGGGAGGAAGGACAACCAGCAGACCACCAGGGAUGUUCUGCUGUACAACAGACAGACCAACCAGUGGCAGAACCUUGCCAAACUCCCGAACCGGCUGUACAAGGCCUCAGCCAUCACCUUGCACCGUAGCAUCUAUGUGCUGGGAGGCAUGGCUGUCGGGGCAGGGAAGAACGUGCCCAGCCACAACGUCUACAUCUACUCCCUGAAGCUUAACCAGUGGAGGCUGGGACAGCCCAUGCUGGUGGCCCGCUACUCCCACAGAAGCACUGCCCAUAAGAACUUCAUCUUCUCCAUUGGGGGCAUUGGAGAAGGGCAGGAGGUCAUGGGCUCCAUGGAGAGAUACAACAGCAUCUUCAACAUCUGGGAGAGUAUGGCCAGCAUGCCAGUGGGGGUUCUCCACCCUGCGGUUGCUGUGAAAGACCAAAGACUCUACCUCUUUGGGGGAGAGGACAUCAUGCAGAAUCCUGUACGCCUUAUCCAGGUUUAUCACAUUUCCAGAAACACAUGGUUCAAAAUGGAGACGAGAAUGAUCAAGAAUGUGUGCGCCCCUGCAGUGGUGCUUGGGGAGCGGAUUGUUAUCGUAGGAGGUUACACAAGGAGGAUUCUUGCUUAUGACCCUCAGUCCAACAGAUUUGUCAAGUGUGCGGACAUGAAAGACCGGAGGAUGCACCACGGGGCCACAGUGAUGGGGAACAAGCUCUAUGUGACGGGCGGGCGGCGGCUGACCACGGACUGCAGCAUCGAGGACUUGGCCUCCUUUGACUGCUACGACCCCGAGACAGACACCUGGACAUCCCAGGGACAGCUGCCUCACAAACUCUUUGACCACGCCUUCCUCACUCUCCAGUGCAUACCCCACACCCCCACCUUCCCAUGA